GUUUUGGUUUUUUCGGUGGAUUUUCCUUUCGGGAUUUCGCCGAUUUUCUGCGGAAAAUGGAAGUUUUAUCGAAUGAAAAAUACCUGAUUGCUCGUGCGAAAGAGUCCACCGAUCCUUACAAAGCCAAGGCGUGGAUCAUAGCGGCUAAAACGCUCUUUCCAAACGAUUUCGGUGUACAGUUCGAGGCCUACGAGAUUGAGAAAAAUGCCAACAACUUCGAGGAAGCGGCCAAGUGCCUCGGUUAUAUUGUCAUGACUUUCCAUGGUGCUCAUCAAACGCCGUCGAACUUCCUGAACGAGAUAUCCGCGAUGACCAACGCGUUACGCAUCCCGGAGGGAACUGCAACUCCCGAGCAGGAGUUUUACGUGAAAAUGUUCCAGUACAUUUCGUACGAAGUCCAGCACCAGAUACUGCUACUGACGGCAGCGCAUUCCAAUAACAAUCUAGAUCAUUGCCGCUUGAUUCUGCUGCUGCUGAAGCGCUUCCCACAGGCGAUAUCCACUCAUGCGCCUCGCUUGCUCGAAACAUUGAUACAAAACGUGGCAGUGCCGAGCUUCAAGGAGAUGCUGUUCAAUGAAGCCAUUCCGUUGGUCUUCAAUCGUGCGCCCGACUUAGCGCCCCAACACGUGCACCAGUUGAUGGCCGUGUGUUUCGAGUAUUAUCUCAGCCAGAUGUUGAGCAGCGAGUGUGAGGAUCGUGUUCGAUCGGUAAAUGAUUGCUGGAAAAAAAUAUUCGACAUUCUUGACUUUUGUGGCAAAAUCCUUAAAUGGGAACCGUUCGUACUGUUUAAAAAGAGCUGGAGCAAGGACGUCUAUUGGCAGAAGAUCAUCCAUAUCUAUAAGCUCGAUCCUUUCGGGUCGACGGAAAGCAAACAGAUCCUGUUCUGCGCCACUGUCGUGUUCGUUCUGGCGUUGCAGGAGUACAUUGGACAUUCGAAGCUUCGAUCGAAGGAUGGAACCACCGAGACGGAAGUGAUACUGGUCGAGGCACUGAAAGAUGUGACUCUCGAUAUGAAACAUCGACCAUUGGAGGGAGUGCUCGAGAUUCCGCACAUUCUGGUUACGGCACCGGUUAGUGCGGAUGCACCAAACUGUUUUAUCGCCUGUCACAGUUGCUGGCAAUUGCUACAUUCGACCGAACGCAUGAAGAGCGACUUUGCACAGCUUAUACUAUGCCUUCCGCAACUCUCUGGAUGGAUGCAAAAGUUCUUAAUCGAUCUGUACGUGUGCGUAGGGCAGCAUGACGAAACGGCCACCUUGCUGCAAUCACCAAACGUUGUCUCGAUGGGUGCGCUAGAGAAAUCUGUUCGUCAGUUUGCACUUAACCUCGCGCAAGGACCCGUUUCGGUUCAUCUGUUUGAUCAGAUCCUCACAAUCUUGAAACAUCUGCCUCAGGCGCCAUCCGGUGGAUCGUACCUGGAGAACGUUGCACUUACACCAACGGCACGGCUACUCAUGCUGAUACCGCUCACGAAGCGAGCCAUUUUGCAUUAUCUCGUGCAGACAUUGGUAGCGAUCCUGAAACCGAAGCUGGUCGAUCCGGAGUGUAGCAACUCAGUGCUCGGCAAUUUAUUGGUGCUGUCGCAGCUUAACUGGCCGCACGAGUCGACGACGGUGGAAAUCAUUUUCGAAAUCAUCAAGAGCCGGCGUCAGUUUUCGUACCUGCUGUUUACGAGCUACAUCAUCACCGCGGAGAUUAUCGAGGAGUUUAUGCACCUGUGGACGCAUUCUCCGGAAGUAAAAUUGGAGUUGGCUAUGCCGCAACAGAGCUUGGCAACGGGGGCGCGUCGUAUUGGUACACGAGGUGCUGAUAAGGGAGUUAAGGAGGACUUUAAGCAGACAAUACGGCAGCAGAUAGCACGCAGUAACGAUGAUAUUGAUGAGCUGAUGAUGCAGUUUCUCCAGCACCAACAUCUGUCUCUGGUGCAAAAUGUUUUUGAGAAAUGAUUGCCCAUGUAUUGGCGCAUACCUGAGGCUGGAAGGUUGUCUACCGUGAUACCUUGCAAGCAGGACAUCAGUAGAAAUAAACAAAUCUACCUUGGUA